GGCCUUCCGGGCGGCCCCGGAAGCGGCGCGGCGGCGCAUGCGCACUGCCUCCGCGGCCCCCCGCGCGGCAGCUCGGCGCCCGUGGGCCUCGUCAGCGGCGGCCGAGCGGGAGUCCGGCCCGCGAGUCCACCCCGCCGCGCGCCGCCGCUCGCCAGGGCCAAAAUGAGUCUGUUCGGAACAACCUCGGGGUUUGGAACUGGCGGGACCAUGUUUGGCAGCCCGACCACGGACAACCACAACCCAAUGAAGGACAUUGAAGUGACAUCCUCUCCGGAUGACAGCAUUGGCUGCCUGGCCUUCAGCCCCCCAACUCUGCCCGGCAACUUCCUCGUUGCCGGAUCCUGGGCCAACGAUGUCCGCUGCUGGGAAGUUCAGGACAGCGGGCAGACGAUUCCCAAGGCCCAGCAGAUGCACACGGGGCCCGUGCUCGAUGUCUGCUGGAGCGACGAUGGGAGCAAAGUAUUUACAGCAUCGUGUGAUAAAACUGCCAAAAUGUGGGACCUCAAUAGUAACCAGGCGAUUCAGAUCGCACAGCACGACGCCCCUGUGAAGACUGUCCACUGGAUCAAAGCCCCCAACUACAGCUGCGUGAUGACCGGGAGCUGGGACAAGACUCUGAAGUUCUGGGACACGCGGUCAUCAAACCCCAUGAUGGUCCUGCAGCUCCCCGAAAGGUGUUACUGUGCCGAUGUGACCUACCCUAUGGCCGUGGUAGCCACGGCAGAGCGGGGCCUGAUCGUCUACCAGCUGGAGAACCAGCCUUCCGAGUUCCGGCGGAUCGAGUCGCCCCUGAAGCACCAGCAUCGGUGUGUGGCUAUUUUUAAAGACAAGCAGAACAAGCCCACUGGCUUCGCCCUGGGGAGCAUCGAGGGGAGAGUCGCCAUUCAUUACAUCAACCCCCCAAACCCUGCCAAGGACAACUUCACCUUCAAGUGCCACCGCUCCAACGGCACCAACACGUCGGCACCCCAGGACAUCUAUGCGGUCAACGGCAUCGCCUUCCACCCCGUCCAUGGCACCCUGGCCACCGUGGGCUCCGAUGGCCGCUUCAGCUUCUGGGACAAGGACGCCAGGACCAAGCUGAAGACAUCUGAGCAGCUGGACCAGCCCAUCGCGGCCUGCUGCUUCAACCACAACGGGAACAUCUUCACCUACGCCUCCAGCUACGACUGGUCCAAGGGACAUGAGUUUUAUAACCCACAGAAGAAAAACUACAUCUUCCUGCGGAAUGCUGCCGAGGAGCUAAAGCCCAGGAACAAGAAGUAGUGGCCGGAGACUUGGGCCUCGGAGGCGUCUUGUCUUCGCUCUGUUUGGCCACAUCUUCGCACGACUCGGGGCCCAGCUUCCAUGGGGUGUGAGCCCUGGAUGUGGCCCUGGGCCGGCUGGUGUCCAGCCCUGCCCACCCUCAGCCAGUGGUGCCCACACGGGAGCGCCCUGGGCCCCACCCCAGCACCUCGAACUGUAUUUUGUAAUAAAACCUGUGCGAGACUGCCCAAGGCUCCGUCCGUCUCUGCCCUGGCCUUGGACGCUAGAGGCCCUGAGGGAGGCACCGUCCGUCCGGAGAGGGCGCCUCGGCUGGGCACACUGCCAUGAACUGUUUUGUCCACUGCCGUCCUCGGCCCUGCUGGUCAGCCAUCGUCCUGACGGGGGGGACAGGCAAGCAGCCCCUGCACGGGAACACUCCCCAGCCCGGGCCCCACUCGUAGUUUGGGGGCCUUUUCCUUUCCCAUCUUUGAGCUCUCUUGACCGGUAAGUAUGGUCGUGACAGCGCAGCGGGGGCUCCUACGUCCGUCCAGCCCGGAGCCCCCUGCUGCUGCUGUGCUGGCGGCUGGCGUGUCCACCAGUGCGGAGGGGGCGAUCUGGGCUCGACCCUGUGAUAUAUAAUGUAUUUGCCUCCUCCCAAAGCGAAAUAAAGUUUCCUUCUAAGA